AUGGACCACAGUACCAUCAACUUCAAGCAGCUCAAGCUGGGCAAGCUGAAGGUGGUACGUCGGCGCCUGCUCCAGAGGUAUGAACACCAGCCUUUCAUCUCCUGCCUGGCUGGGCUCUACAGCUGCCGGUGGAAGCGGUACCAGCGCAAGAAGGUUGAGCCAGGAAAAUGCUGCUGCAAAAUGUGGGAGUGUGUGUUUUUCCCUGUUCUCAUUGGAGCAUUCUGCCUUUCCUUGGUUUUUUUGUACAUGUGGGGGGAAGCGAAGAAUGACUACAACAACUUUGACUGGUAUAACUAUGGAAAUUUAGGCUUCUGGUUUCUCUGGUCUGUUGUCCUUCUGAUUUUGGCUUCAGUCUUUUUUAUAUACAUUGCCCUCUUACUGGUCCUAGCAAUGUGUUUGCUGUCGGAAGGCCAGCAGUUGUACCUGCACUGGAGUCACAAGAUCGGGACUUGCGUUGUACUGGGAUUCUCCAUAGCUGCCAUCGCUGCAUUAUCUGAGCUGUGGGGGGAUCAGUGGAAAACCGUCCGCCUUUCAUUCCAGGUCACAGCUCCCUAUCUCCACGUUGGCGCCAUAGCAGCCAUGGUCUUUCUGUCCUGGCCCGUGGCUCUGCAUGCUGUCCGGAUGGAUAGAAAAGUUGUUCAGAUGAUAAUUAUUGGCCCCUACCUGGCUCUCCUUGUCUUUCUUCUCUUGAUACCUCUGGGGAUGUACUCUCCCUGCAUCAGAGAAGUGGGGACGCUGGGACCCAAGCCAACUCUCAUUGGACACAGAGGCGCGCCAAUGAUGGCUCCAGAAAAUACUGAGAUGUCAUUUCAGAAGGCCAUUGAAUAUGGGGUGAACGGGCUUGAGACAGAUGUCGCUAUUAGUUACGAUGGGAUUCCCUUCCUGAUGCAUGACGGCAGCUUGAAAAGGACCACAAACAUCCAGGAAGUCGUUCCCCACAAUGCUACUCAAGAUGCAGCCAUGUUUUCUUGGGACACCCUAAAAGACCUGAAUGCUGGGAAGUGGUUUUUGGAGGACAGACCCUUCUCCUAUAUGGGCACGCUGUCAGUGGCAGAACAGAAACAGGCCAUGAAUCAGUCCGUUUACAAACUAAGUCAUUUCUUAAGCCUGGCCGAGCGUCAGAAUAAACUCGUGAUCUUUGAUCUCUACCGUCCCCCGGAGCAGCAUCCGUACAGGAACACGUGGAUCAACAGGACGCUGGAAGUGAUCAGCGACUCGGGGAUUAAGCCCCAUCUGGUCCUGUGGCUGGAGGAUGAGAUGAGGUCCUUUGUUCAGUCCGUAGCUCCUGGGUUUCAGCAAACAGUGGGGAGAACGGUCCCGGUUGAUGAGCUAUUGAGAUAUAAUAUUGUGAAGCUCAAUCUGGUUUACACCCAAAUGUCCAGUGAAGAUAUCCGGACAUACGCCGAGGCCAACAUCACCACCAACCUCUACGUCAUCGAUGAGCCGUGGCUCUUCUCUCUGGCUUGGUGUGCUGGUGCCCACUCGGUAACCACCAACGCCGCACACUCCCUGAAGGACCUUGACCAGCCUCUUUUCCUUAUGACACCAAGGGACUACAGAACCAUGUGGGUCCUCACAGACGUGCUCUCCAUCCUCCUCAUCGCACUCAUUUUCGCUCUGCAUUGGUGGAGGGAGCAGAGCUGCUCCUGCUGUUCCAACAACAGCGGCACGGUGCUGGAGAACAGCACGUACAACAAGUUUCGGACUGAGCUCAAUGAUUUGCCAUCUGUGCUGGUCUAA